UAAAACCUCUCCAAAUAUCUAACCAACGAUAUGGGAAAGUGAGGUUAGGUCUUUUUUUCCGGUUCGUAGAGCCGUGAGGUGCGUUCCGUAGAAAUACGUAAAAUAAUCCAUAAACAUCGAAGCAACAAAACAUUUGUUAAACAAAGUUACAACAAAUUACGAAUCUCAAAUAAUCCGCCAAGAUGGUGAAGAUUAUGAAAACUGGGAAAGUCGUACUGGUCCUUAGUGGCCGGUACGCAGGCAGAAAGGCUAUUGUCAUGAAAAAUUAUGAUGAUGGCACCACCGACAAACAGUAUGGUCAUGCUUUGGUGGCUGGUAUUGACCGUUACCCUCGCAAGGUUCACAAGCGAAUGGGCAAGGCAAAGAUCCACAAGCGUUCCAAGAUAAAGCCCUUUGUCAAGAUUUUGAACUACAACCACCUGAUGCCAACCAGAUACACAGUUGAUCUGGCCCUGGAGAAGGUUACGCCAAAAGAAUUGAAAGACCCAAUGAAGAGGAAAAAGAUCAGGUUCCAGACUAGAGUGAAAUUCGAAGAGAGGUACAAGUCCGGCAAAAACAAGUGGUUUUUCCAGAAGCUUCGAUUCUAAUUUCUCUUUAAAUAAAUAACGAUAUUAAAAAAUUA